AAAUCAGUGGCAGGGAAACAGAACUUUGCUCAAGACUGAAAAUUAGAAACUCCUAGCAUUUCUUCACAAAAUGGCUUCAAAGCUAAACUUCCAAGCUGUAACCAAAGCAUUGCUGUUAUGCAUUCUGCAUUUUGAACUUGUUGAAGGCUGGACGUAUCAUUAUUCUAAUAAAACAAUGAAGUGGAAUGAGGCUAGAGAGUGGUGUAAAACACACUACACUGAUAUGGUAGCAAUCCAGAAUAAGGGGGAAAUUGCUUAUCUAAAUGAAAUUCUCCCAUAUGUAAAAGGAUAUUAUUGGAUUGGGAUUCGCAAGAUGAAAGGAAACUGGACCUGGGUUGGAACAAAGAAAACUCUAACUAAAGAGGCAGAGAACUGGGCAGAUAAUGAGCCCAACAAUGGGAGAAACAAUGAGGACUGUGUAGAAAUUUACAUCAAAAGAAAAAUAGAUGAAGGAAAAUGGAAUGAUGAAGACUGUAAUAAACGUAAAACAGCCUUGUGCUAUACAGCUGCCUGCAUGCCUUUGUCUUGCAAUGGCCAUGGAGAAUGUAUAGAAACAAUUAACAACUACACAUGCAAAUGUGAUGAUGGGUUUUAUGGAUCUAAUUGUGAACAUGUUGUUCACUGUGAUGCUGUGGAGAAUCCAGAAAAAGGCUUUAAAAGCUGUUCUCAUGCCUUUGGAAAUUACUCAUAUAGAUCAGUCUGCAACUUUACUUGUGAAAAUGGAUAUAGCAUUAAAGGAGAAAAGACAGUCGAGUGUACCGCUUCCAAGAAGUGGACCUCACAGCCUCCAGUGUGUGAAGUUAACCAAUGCUCUGAAUUAACUAGCCCUCUGAAUGGAAGAAUGAAUUGUACUCACCCGAUCGGAGGUUUCAGCUUUGGCACUGCUUGUUCAUUUGACUGUGCCAAAGGUUACAAGCUGAAAGGUUCAGGAAGAGUAUCCUGCAGUGCUGAUGGAACCUGGAGUAGUGAACAGCCUGAAUGUGAAGCUAUAACAUGCAGCCCUCUGAAGGAACCACAAAACAGCCUCAUGAAAUGUGACACACCUAAUGGGAACUUUAGUUAUAACACCAGCUGCCAGUUCAGCUGUGUAGAUGGAUUUUAUAUAAAGGGAGCAACUGAGAUCACCUGCACAGAAUCAGGGGAAUGGAGAGACAGCAUUCCACAAUGUGAAGCCAUGAAGUGUGAAACACCAGAGGCGGAUGCAGGUGGAAUUUUCAACUGCAGUCAUCCCAUUGAGAAAUUUGGAUACAACACAAGCUGUCAUUUCAGCUGUUUGGAGGGUUUUGAGUUAACCGGUGAGCCAGAUCUCACAUGUACAGCUACUGGCCAGUGGUCUGCAAACAUACCACAAUGCAAAGCUAUUAAAUGUGGAAGUCUACAAACUAUUGACAACGGGUUCAUCAAUUGCUCAAAUCCAGAUGAGCAUCUUGUUUAUAACUCAACCUGUCAAUUUUCUUGUGGAGAAGGAUUUGUGUUAGAAGGAGCGUCACAUCUUCAGUGCACAGCCUCUGGGCAGUGGUCUGGAGAGACACCAGCCUGUAAAGUUAACCAAUGCUCUGAACUAACUAGCCCACUGAAUGGAGAAAUGGCUUGUACUCACCCGAUCGGCAGUUUCAGCUUCGGGACUGCUUGUUCAUUUGAGUGUGGAAAAGGUUACAGACUGAAAGGAUCAGAAAAAAUAUCCUGCAGUGCUGAAGGAACCUGGAGUAGUGAACAACCCAAAUGUGAAGCCAUUACAUGUGAAGCGCCAAAGGAGGAUGCAAGGAGAAUUUUCAACUGCUCUCAUCCCAUUGAGGAAUUUGGAUAUAACACAAGUUGCCAUUUCAGUUGUUUGGAGGGUUUUGAGUUAAAUGGUGUGCCAGAUCUCAGAUGUACAGCUAUUGGCCAGUGGUCUGCAAACAUACCACAGUGUAAAGCUAUUAAAUGUGGAAGUCUACAAACUAUUGACAACGGGUUCAUCAAUUGUUCAAAUCCAGAUGAGCAUCUUGUUUAUAACUCAACCUGUCAAUUUUCUUGUGAAGAAGGAUUUGUGUUAGAAGGAGCGUCACAUCUUCAGUGCACAGCCUCUGGGCAGUGGUCUGGAGAGACACCAGCCUGCAAAGAUGUCAGAUGUAAAGGGCCAAAUCCUGCUCCACACCGGAUUGUCAACUGUACUGAACCCACAGAUGCUCUCAUGUUUAACUCUUCAUGCAAGUUUAGCUGCGAAAAAGGCUUUGUGUUGAGCGGAAGAGAACAUCUUCAGUGUACAGCGUCUGGAUUGUGGUCUGCAGAAGAGCCUCAUUGCAAAGCUUUAUUGUGUGAGGCACCAACUGAAAGAGAGAAUGUGAUAAUGAACUGUUCUCCUGCUGCUGGUAACUUCAGCUAUAAUACCAGAUGCGAGUUUUCUUGCAAAAACAAUUUUACAUUGAUGGGCAAUGAGAUGAUACUCUGUACUGCUUCUGGCCAAUGGACAGGACAAGUACCCACUUGUGAAGACCUUCAUUUACCACCUGCUUCGAUCCAGGACACUGCUACUGUUUGUCUGGCUGUAGUUCCAGCCAUUCUGUCUUCAGGACUGAUGUUUGCAGCAUGGCUCAUGAAGCGCCUUCGUCAGAAAGGUAAUUAUCUUUAGUCUUAUUGUUAAAUCAUAUUUUUGCAAUGAUGAGUACAUUUAAUUCAGUACUGAAAUGAACUCAAGAUUAACUUUAAUCUUUUCAACAACACAUUAUUUGAGUGUUAAAAUCUUUCUAUAAACAAUACAUGCCACAGUUUCUUCUAAAAAUUAAUGACCAUAUUCUAAACCCGUUUAACCCUGAGCAGGGUUGCGGGGAGCUGGAGGAUAUCCCAGUAAGUGUAGGACACAAACCAGGAUCAAUCUCUGGACAGGGCAAUCGGUCCAUCACAGGGGAACGCAUCCUCACAC